AUCAGCUUGGCAACACUGCAUAUACUGAACAUGGGGAGUGAAGCGUUGGAGUAAUGUCGGAUAUGUGUUGUCGUUAGAUUCUGUUGUGUUCCUGACACCAGGGCCAGUUCGUUUUAUUCUCCUUGGUGAUAUUUUUACGACAUGGGAAGAUCGAGAACACGAAGCAAAUCACCGAAAAGGCGGCACAAAAGUAAACACUCUCGGAAAAGAUCGAAGUCUCGUGACAGAAGCUCUCACAGCAAACACAGUGAAAAGACAAGGGAAAGGAGCAACAAAUCAAGGAAAAGGUCACAUUCUGGAUCAUCAAGCUGUAGUUCAGAUGCUUCAGACGACGUACCAAGAACUGGUGGGCACUCUAGGAAAAGAAGUUACCAUGAUCGGAAAAUGGAUGAAGUUGAAAGACUGGCGGAGAUGGAAAGACAGAGGAGACAAAGGGAGCUAGAACAAAAGAUGGUGGAGGAAGAAACUGCAAAACGAAUUGAAGAGCAAGUGAAGAAGAGGGUUGAGGAGGAAUUGGAAAAACGAAAAGAGGAAAUUGAGGCAGAAGUACUCAGGAGAGUUGAGGAAGCUAAGAAAAUAAUGGAAAAGCAAAUGAUGGAAGAAAUGGAAAGACGGCGAGAACUACAGUUGGAAGAGGAAAGGAGGAGAGAGGCUGAAGAAAGAAGGAAGCGUGAGGAGUUAGAACAGAUUAUGGCAGAAAAUAAUCGUAAAAUUGAGGAAGCCCAGAAGAAACUGGCAGAAGAGCGCUUGGCUAUGGUUGAGGAACAGAGAAAGAUGGAAGAGGAACGCCAAAGGCUGAGAAAAGAGCAAGAAAAACGAAUUAAGGAAGAGCAGAAGAAAAUUUUGGGAAAGAACAAUUCACGACCCAAGUUGUCCUUUACAUUGAAGCCAGCUGUAUCGUGAACAGGUCCAACAAGUCCAUCGUGUUUGUGUGUGUGUGUAAUCAUAUUUCAAAAGAAAUGUGUGUUUGCAUGAUCGAGGAUUUCAUUUUUUCACUCCAUGUGGGUGUUCAAUGAGAACAGGAGUUGACUCAGGACUUAAAUGUUCAGUUUUCAGGUAACAAUGAGAUAUUCUUAUUUUACCCUGUACGUGAAGUUUUUCAGUCUGUUUUACCCGGCGAUAUAAUUUAAACAUCAAGCUGUAAAAAUUUAAAAGAAAUAUAUUUGCUGUGGCAUUAGUGCUGUUGAA